UCCACCUCGCCGCCAUGACAGAACCGCGUCGGUCGACGCGAGCGCGCGCUCGUGAGGAGGCUGAAGCGGCAGCUACUCCAUCUGCGCCCGAAGCUGCACUCAAACCGUCAGAUACGCCCAGCAGGAAGGCUCCAAAGUCCAACCUGAAGCGCAAACGUUCCGAAGUCGUGAAGGAGACUAUCCCAGCGAACGCUACUCUCGAGGGUCCACAGGAACCUCCCGGGCCCGUUUUGCCCACCAGGAUAACAGAUGGUGAACCGUUGCCUACAUUGCCGGAACCUCAACCGCUGGAUCUACUAUCGAAUGAAUACCAGGAUGUUCGUGAGAGUGGCGUUCUCAGUGCUUCCCUCCAGCGGUCCCGAGCAGUAUGGGCAUCUGGAAGCAAUUUCAGGCUGUUUCACAAGCACUUCGUGGGACCGAAGAAAGUCGCAGACCGCACGGACGAAGACAAGGCGAUGAUGGCAAGGCAGAAGGAGAUACACAAGAACUUCCCCCAGCUGGGAGGCAACGGGGUCACGGCUCAAUUGACCAUUGAACCGCACACGUUCAGUAUCAGACUUUACGGUCCUCGCGAAGUUGUUCGUCAUGUACAGAAGAAGCCACCGCCGCAGUACGGGCAGUGGCCCAAUCACAAUCAGCCUCCGUACUAUCAUCAACCGCAGCAGCAUCCGCCUCAAACUCCGCAAAUGCAUCAUGCACAGCAUACUCCCCAGCAACACCGUCCAUCGUACAGUCCCGCCACACCCUACGUAAAGCCCACACCUCCUCCACCGCGUCCACCCCAGCCGAAACCGCAAGAGAAGCCCCCGCCAUCAAAUCCGCCACCCGCUACGCCAGCUCCUGACCCCGUGAUCCAUAUGCUUGCGCAAAGAGCAGGAGUCGACCCUGUGCUGAAGCAGACGAUGAAGGUUGUUGCGGAAGGUCGCGCCACAAAGGAGGAACUAGAGCUAUUCCAAAAACACAUCAACGAGUUCAACCUAAUAGUUGAGAAACAAAAGGCAGAAGCUGCAAAGGCUGCAAAAGCGGCCAAAGCUCAAGCUGCUUCUUCGCCUGCUCCACCAGCUCCAGUCCCAUACCGACCUUCACCUGCUCCGUAUCAACAACCACAGACUCCACAAUCUGCCGGACCGGCCCCCCAGCAACAACAAUCACAUCAUCAACGUUAUCCUCCGAAGCCAUACCAGCCGCCCAUGACCCCUAGCUCACAGCAUCAUGGGCCCCCACCACAGAUCCCACCGCAACCUCGCCAUACGCCUCACCCCAAUCAGUACACUUACAAUCAACACCAUCAUCAACACAUGGCUCCGUAUAGCCCCGCCGUGCAACCUGUCAAGACAACUUAUCGACCGCUCAUCUUUGACUUUGCAGAAGAAGGAAACCAGGACAAGUUCUACUUCCCUUCGUAUAGCAUAAUGGAAUGGCUCCCGAACAACCAGGGUGCAAAAUUCUCGUUUCUGCUUACCAAGAUGAAGGAUAAGCCGAAAGAAGAGCCUAAGGAGAGAACAGUGCAGUCUGCCCCGGCUUCAAAUGGAACAAAUAUGGAAUCCAAUGCUGGACCAGGGGCCACAAACGGGACUCCUAACCCGAAUGGAUUCGUGCCACCAGCUGGUACCGCAGUGGUACCUGCAACACCCGGUCCAGAUACUAAUUCCGCAGGCCCAAAUACGCCCCUGCAAGGGCAACAACCCGUGGUGGGUUCAGGACAUGGGCCAUUCCAGUCGCAAGGACAAGGGCAACCUCAAUCACAGCCCCCUCCCCAGCCGCAGCAGCCUCCGCCAACACCCCAACAACAACAGCAGCAAGUCCGCAUCGAAGACUUCGACGAGCGCAACGACAUUGGAGAUAUCGACUUCUACUACCCCGUCACCAUGAUUGUGCAGGCCACGCACUACGAGAUCCUGCAAUCCUUGCCCCGAGCGGUGAGACCGCAGGAGGUAGUGGUCAGUUACAUGGAAGAGGUGUUUGACAGAUGUAAGAGGGCGGAGGAGACGUUUUUGGCGUUUAGGCUGCCAAGGGAGGGGGCAGCCGAUGCGUCGAGUGCGAUUGUGACUGGGAGGGGAAGCGGGGAGGGGACGCUUGCGGUGGGCAUGGCGGGGGCGGGAACGGCGGGAGAUGUGGUUAUGGGGGAGGUGGUGGAGAGGAAGAGGGUGAAGAGGGCGUAGUCUGGCGCUUCUUUGGAGGUUGAAGUUGAACGAAGUGGUCUGAUGGUGAGCUUGGUGCUGUUGGUGCUAGUGCAGCUCGGGUACAGCAGGGACGCCUGACUGUUGAGAAUUUGUCAGGCGGAGGAGUGAAAAGCGGCUGGGUAUUUUGCAUUGGAUUUAGCUGUCCGUCUUUGGCGGCAUGGAUCCUACAUGGCGUUUCCGGUGAUACCCUCGGAUAGGAUACGA